UUGCGCUUACCUGUGUGCCACCUCGAUGUUGCAUGCCAGGCUAGUUGCCGACCAGACCUGCACCCGCGACCAACAACGAAACACGGCAGUGCGGGGUGUGCUGAUGCCAAUCUUUUAACAAAAUCAAAGCAGCAGAACGACAUCGGCGGGGCGCGCUGGGGCUGGCAGAAGUUGCACAUGCUCGCGAGCUGUUCAGCUGAGAAACGCAGCGAACCAAGAGCCAUGCCCGAAAUCGAGAUAUGCUCCGGGCCUCCUUCACAUGGACCACCCGACAAGCCCCAAGUGGCGACACCUGCAAACGUGAACACGAACGGCGGGCCCACCUCGCCGGUCCCGCAGACUCCUCGCAGUGCCGACGACCCCUCGCGCGUGUGGACUCCGGUCGUGGUCCGCUGCAUCGCCUCCUUCCUGCCGCCCAACGAGGUCGCCUGCAGCUUGCGCCUGGUGGACAGCGCCACGGCCGCGCAGUUCGCCGCGCCCGCACACGCCACCGUCACACUCAGCCAGCCAGUGCCGCACCAUGCCUUCACACACAAGUUCUGCGGCCCCGGCGGCCUGCGCGGCCUGGGCCGCGUGCAGCGCCUCCAGCUGCUCCACCUCACCGCGCACAGCGGCAAUCUGCCCAACCUUCUCUCCCUUCUCUCCCUCCUUCCCGAGGGCGUGGGCCGGCCCUCGGUCUUCUACCACGCCGUCGCCGGCGGCCAACUCCACGUCUGCAAGGAGCUCACGGUGCGCAACGGCGGCGCGCGCUUCUGCACCGGCCCGUCGCCGCUGCUGGCGGCCGCGGCCACCGGAAGCAGGGAGCUGGUCGACUGGCUGCUGGAGCGGGGCUACACAGGGGAGCUGGAUGGGGCGGCGGGCGCGGCGGCGCGGGCUGGGCAUUUGGAGCUGGUGGAGCACCUGUUGGCGCAGCCCACGACGGCCCGCUGCACGGACGUCAACUCUCUGUUGGAGGGCGUGGCGGAGGGCCUGCCUCUGCCGUACUUGAUCCACAUGUACGAAAUGUACGGCGAGCGGUCGCAUCAACAGGAGGAGCAGCUGGCCGGCGGGGGCGAGGAAGGAGGAGUGGCUGUAGCAGCAGCAGCAGCAGCAGCAGCAGCUGGAGCUGAGGCUGGGGUUGUAGCAGCUGGUGCUGGUGCUGGUGCUGGUGCUGGUGCUGGUGCUGGUGCUGGUGCUGGUGCUGGUGCUGGUGCGCGAGCUGCGGAGGCGGGAGCUCCAGUUGCGGCCGCAGGCGCAGGCGCAGGCGCGGCCGCAGGCGCAGGCGCAGGCGCGGCCGCAGGCGCAGGCGCAGCUGAUGGAAAUGGUGGAGGUGGAGGAGGUGCGGGCUUUCGCGCUCACGGCCUGAUGGGUUGGGGCAGGCCGCCGCGGCGUAGGAGCACACGCUGCGUGACGGAACGUAUGCUCGCCGGUGCCGCGGCCAGCACCACUCCCUGUUGGCUGGCCAAACUUGAAUGGCUGGCAGCCAAGGUGGAGGAGAUGGAGGGCGCACGCGGAGAAGCACCAGCAGAAGGAGCAGCAGAAGCAGAGGGCGGGCCGCUGGAGGGGGAGCAGCGGCGGCCCUGGGGUGCGUCGGUGUGCCGGGCGGCGGCGGCGGUGCGCGAGGGUGCGGCCGACCGGCUGCGGCAAUUGGCGGCUGUCCGGGAGCUGAAACUGGACGAGGAGGCAGCACGCCGUGCCGCGGGCGCCGGCAAUGCCGAGGCACUAGACCUCAUCCUCACCGCCGCCCCCGAGGUGACGGCGGCCGUGGUGGCGGGCGGGAGGCGGCGCGCCACGCUGACGUCAACCGCUGUGCGCUGCGGCCACGUGGCCGUGCUGGAGGUGCUGCGGCGCCAUGGCAUUGGGCCGGGGCCCCCAAGCACGCAGGCGUGUCGCGAGGCGGUGGCGUCGGGUCACGUGGAGGUGCUGAAGUGGUUGUCGGCGUAUUGGCGUGCCGGCGGCGGCGCGCCACCACCCCGUGGAGGCGGCGCGCGGGCUGGGGCGGCAGCCGGGGCUGGGGCGGCAGCGGGGGCUGGUGCAGGGGCUGGUGCCGCCCCCGGCGGUGCAGCUGUGGGUGACGAUGCAGGCCAGCAGGAUGCACCGGACGCCGCCGCCGCCGCCGCUGCCGCGCAGGGGGCGGCUGCGCCGCCGCCGCCGCUUACAACGGCACAACGUUUUGCCGCCCAGCGCUUGUUUGAGACCUGCAUUCGGCGGCCCGAGCUGAUGGUGGCGGCGGCGGUGCAGGCCGGCGGGCAGCCCGUGUUGGCUUGGCUGCGCGCCCGGGGCUGUGUGUGGAGCGCCGAGUGCUUCACGGCGGCGGCGGGCGCGGGCGCCAGUGAGGCGCAGCUGGCGUGGAUGAUCGCGGACGGCUGCCCGGUGCCGGACGACGGUGAGCCCUACCUCCGCCCCGCACGCCACACCGACGUCACCACCCUCGCCAUCCUGCGCCGCCUGGGCUGCCCCUGGGGCCCGCCCGGCGCCCUGCUCGCACGCGCCGUGUUCGAGAGCUACCUCUGCUGCCCCGUGCCCGCACUCCAAGCCCUCAUCGACCUGGGCUGCCCCGUGGACUGGACCCGCGCGGUGGUGGCGGCGCGGCACCGAGUCCGCCGCAUGGGCAAACACACCGCCGCCGUCGAGGCGCUGGCUUGGGUGCUGGAGAAGAGGAGGCAGGCGCAGGCGGAGCCGCGGCUGGCGCCGGGGCUGCAUGAUGCGCUGGCCUGCGUGCGGAGCUACCUGAGGGGCGAGCGGCACGUCACGCCGCUCACGCCGCAGCAGCGGCAGCAGCGGCGCCAGCGGGAUGCGGCGGCGCGUGCGGCGUGCGGGUGGUGUCUGUUGGCGUGCUUCACAUGCGGGCGGUUGGGCGGGGUUGCGCGGGCGCAGGCACGGCGGCAGCGGCUGAUGGAUGAGGUGGAGUUAGAAAAUCAUGUGUAAGGCAGGGAACUGGAAGCGGAAGAGGAAGAGGAAAGGGUGUCGAGGGUGACUGUAUUCUAAAGAGGUGCGCUUUGCGUGGGUUGGUAUGGAUGGAGCGGAAGAGCCAGGUAUACGUAUGGGAAGGCGUUGGUUGUGUGGAUACGUAUGGCAAGGCGUUGUGGGUAGAGGUGAGGUGAGGUGAGGUCGACCUCACGUGUGUGCGAUGUGCGCGCUGUGACUUUGAUUGCCCUAGCGAAGUGUACGGACAUUCAUGCACGCGUGCGUGCCAUUAAGGAUUUGGCUUUCAUCGCAGCCACCUGCUGCUGUUGCCCGUUGGCCCCUUGGCUGGCAGCCACCAACUCCCGUCCAGAAGGAGUGAACGGGUUGGCAAGGCUCUGGGAUGGCAUGACCGUGUGUGAGGCUAGGUGGGGUUGACAUCGCUGUUUAAAGUAGGAGCAGGCGUCGAGGUCCCGCGGAGCGCAUCCGGCCAAGGUAGCGGUAGCCUCGUCAGGGCCUGUUGGGACGCCUCUCAUGGGGCGCGAUUGUAUGUAGGCUGACGAGCUACGACCAGGGGCACCCCUGGUUACGACGCCCGAUGACGCAGCCGAUUGUAACGUAGACGACAU